GCCAUUUCAUCCUCUCCGUCUUUGCUUGCUCCCUCACAUCAUAUAUCGACCAUGCAAGCUCCCGGCCAGACACCAGUGUUUGUUAUGAAUGCCGCCCCGGAGAGGCAGUCCGGGCGGAAAGCACAAAUCUCGAAUAUCACCGCUGCAAAGACUGUUGCCGAUGUGAUCAGGACAUGUCUUGGUCCCAAAGCCAUGCUGAAGAUGAUCUUGGAUCCUAUGGGUGGCAUUCUUCUAACGAAUGAUGGAAAUGCCAUCCUUCGUGAGAUUGAUGUUGCGCACCCAGCUGCUAAAAACAUGAUCGAACUGUCUCGGACGCAGGAUGAGGAGUGUGGCGAUGGGACGACCAGUGUCAUUGUGCUGGCCGGCGAGAUUCUUGCCCAGUCAUUGUCCCAACUUGAACGCGAUAUUCACCCCGUGGUCAUCAUUUCCGCAUACAACAAGGCUCUCCAAGCCGCAUUGGAGAUUGUCCAGCGGAUAUCCAUCCCCAUCGACACUUCUGACGAUGCUCAAAUGCUCUCCCUCAUCAAAACGUCCAUCGGGACGAAAUUUGUCAUCCGCUGGUCUGACUUGAUGUGCAAGCUUGCACUCGAAGCCGUACGCACAGUCUCGGCGGAAGAAGGUGGCAUCCAGACAGUCGACAUCAAGCGGUAUGCGCGUGUCGAGAAGAUUCCGGGUGGAGAGAUCGAGGAUAGUCGGGUGUUGAACGGUGUUAUGUUGAACAAGGACAUCACCCACCCCCAGAUGCGUCGUCGGAUUCAGAACCCCAGAGUCGUUCUUCUCGAUUGCCCACUUGAGUACAAGAAGGGCGAGAGUCAGACGAAUAUCGAGAUCUCGAAGGAGGCCGACUAUGCACGGAUAAACCAGAUCGAGGAGGAGCAGGUCAAGGCGAUGGUUGACCGUGUCAUGGAGUUCAAGCCCGAUCUUGUCAUCACCGAGAAGGGUAUUUCUGAUUAUGCACAAUAUUUCCUCGCGAAGGCCGGCAUCUCAGCCAUCCGACGUGUUCGUAAGUCGGAUAACAACCGUAUCGCUCGUGCAGUUGGUGCCACAAUCGUCAACCGCGUGGAGGACCUCCGCGAGACCGAUAUCGGUACCAAGUGCGGCUUGUUCAACAUCGAGAAAAUCGGCGACGAAUACUUCACGUUCUUGACUGAAUGCAAAACCCCGAAGGCCUGCACUAUCCUUCUUCGCGGGCCAUCGAAGGAUAUCCUCAACGAGAUCGACCGUAACCUCGCGGACGCGAUGUCCGUCGCCCGUAACGUGUACUUCAACCCUACUCUUAUCCCUGGUGGUGGUGCCACCGAGAUGGCCGUCUCGGUUGGUCUGCACGCAAAAGCGCGCACCAUCACCGGUGUCGAGGCUGGUCCCUUCCGUGCUGUCGCCGAUGCCAUGGAGGUUAUUCCCCGUACUUUGGUACAGAACAGCGGUGGCAAUGCAAUCCGUGUCCUCACAGAGCUCAGGGCAAAACAUGCUAAUGGAGAGCAUUCGUGGGGUAUCAAUGGCGACACGGGCAAGAUCGUCGACAUGAAGACUUACGGCUUGUACGAAUCUGCCAGCGUCAAGAUCCAAACAUUCAAAACGGCCAUCGAGGCUGCCCGUGUGCUCCUCAGGGUCGACGAUGUGGUGGCAGCUACGCGGAGAGAGCGACAGCAAGAGCAGGGUGGACCUCCUCCGGAAGAACCUAUGGAAGGGUAAGCGAGUAGACGAAUGUAAAAGCUAGAAGUUUCGCGCUGUACGCAUGUUGUUCGGGUAGAAAAGGACGCUGCUUCACAGUUCGCAUAGGUUGCGAUGUGUGGCGUAUAUUACAU